GAGGUGGAUAAGAAUGCUCAGGGCGUCGAGGGAACUAAGGGUGACAAACACUACAAGUGUUACCAUAGUCAGCGCAAAAUUCUGACUAUUACAAAGGCUAUGUUUAAUCGGUCACAUCAAACACACUUUCCAGUCUUGUAUCGACUCUAUCUAUAUCUCAAGGAUCAUGGGGAACCACCCAUGGAAGACGAGGUUGCGAUGGCAUUGGGAAAAAAGAUUCUUGACCCCACCCAGGCAGCUGAAUACCUGCUUCAGCUUGAAAAAGCCUUGAGCAAUAUUGAAGCCAACUGGGAUCAGAAUAUGUUUGAGCAGCUUCUCGCUGAAUGGAUGGUCGCAUGUGACCAGCCGUUUGAAGAAGUUGACAGGCUC